AGUAGUAGUAGUAGUAGUAGUAGUAGUAGUAGUAGUAGUAGUAGUAGUAGUAGUAGUAGUAGUAGUAGUAGUAGUAGUAGUAGUAGUAGUAGUAGUAGUAGUAGUAGUAGUAGUAGUAGCAGCAGCAGCAGCAGCAGCAGCAGCAGCAGCAGCAGCAACAGUAGUAGUAAUGGUAGUAGUAGUAGUAGAAGUAGUAGUAGUGGUAGUGACAGUGGCAGUGGUCCAUAUGUGUGCUGA